AUGCAAGGAACCAAAGCCAUGCCGAUGUCAAGAUGCUUUCUUAUGAUUAUGGUUGCCACCACGUGCCUAGCUAGGAUGUAUGGAACCAUGUCCUUCCUAGCAUAUGUAGCCCUCCAAUGUGCCUUGGCUGGCUUGUUUAUUUUGUCUACGUCUAUCUACGGGGCAUUUAGAAUAAGAAAUGGAGAUAGAGAAAGCAAAGCUUAUAUGGAGAGAAUUGCUCGCUAUGAUACUCUUGGCACCUUUGGAAAGGCAGAGGCCCAAUCUGGGGCGCCCUCGGAAUAA